GGCGCAUAACGACAAAAGGGGUAACGGCUGGGGAUGUACGGAGGGAACAGGAAGUGGGACCAUGCGCCUCAGCAACGGGGCCGGGUGUCAGAAUGUUGGGGCGCAUGCCUGGGGUAAAGUACGGUGCAUUAAAUAGGAUGAUGACGUAGGGCGGAUUUGGGGGGCACUGGUCGACUCUACCUGGAGUAUAAAUAGUGAAGUGGGUGGAGCUCAUUUACUCAGGUUCUAUCUUCUCUCUACACUUACAUUUCACUUCUCUCUCUAGAAAGAUCAUACUGACUUGGGCGUCGGAGUGCUAACGAGCCCUUCUCGAGGGGGCUCGACGGGCGCCUUUGCGUGCAGGAAGAGAUCCGCGGAGCGGGAGCGUGUGAAGGAUAGGAGGAGGAAGCGAGCUGUCGGGAGCUAGAGGUUGCGUGGCACAAACAUAUAUAUUGUAAUAACUUAACCUUUUAAUAACCUGAAUGUAAUAUGAAAGGUACCAUACAAUAAUUUAACAAAUAAUAUAUUAUCUUCCACUAAAAGAUGCAUAUAGCAUAUAUAUGUUUAGUUUUCUAGAAUAGAGCCUGGGAGAGGGCCAUAAUGCAACAUUCUGUCUAAUAGUUAGAAAUCGGUCAAUCCAAUCAUACCACACAUUUUUGUGGGUUUGGUGGGCUACAGGUUUUGAGGCAAAAAUAACUUUUUGAGAGCAGUUUUUAGUACCGACUUCGGUCCGACCUGAUCCAACCAGCCGACUCAACUACGUAAACAAGACUAACAAGUCCAUGUUUAGGUCCAAGGAAAUCACCAAUCAAACCAAACCAUAGUUAUAAUUUCACUGUUUAGACCAAGUCAGACGGUCCAAUCUAAACCGCGAUUUUCCAUACAGUUUGACGCGCCCUACUUGGUGUAUCCAAUGGAUAGAUCCAUGGGGUCGGAUACUAUGCCUACCCCCAAAGGGGUUGGCUUUUUGACACCCCCUUUAUGAUUGGCCAAUUUUAUUUUUAAUCAUUGACAAUUAUUAAUUAAACUUGUUUUUUAGUUUUUUUUAAUCUUGUAAUUUUGGUUCUCUUACCCACAUUGGAAAGAGAAAGAACUUGGGGAACGAGAAAAAAGCACCCCCCAAAUGUGCAAUUAAUUGUCAUUUUUGUAUUUCUUUCGUCUCCUUCUCUCUCCCUUUGGACCCCCUUUCCAUUUUGAUUUCAUUUUCACCAGAAGCCUCCUGUACUUUGAAAUGACCAAAACCCUCCCCAUUUUCCUCUUCCUCUUCCUCCCGCCGCCGCCACCACCCCUCUCCGCCCUCUUCAUCCACACCUUCCACUUGUGCCGUCUCCAUUCCUACAACCGCUGUACUCCUCCAGCUUCUUCCCCCAUCACCAUCCUCCUAUCUCCAUCCGCCGCCGUCUUGGGAUCGCCUCUGACCUAUCGAGUGGGUUGCUCGCCGUCGGAGGACAAGACGCAAGGUUAUCACCGGAGAUCAAACAUAUGAAGGCCACACCGAGAGGGAAGACGGAUCCAACAUUCCGCGCGACGAUUCUGGACAUGCCAAGAAUGGCGACUCUUGUGCGGUAUCAAAUGAUGGGGGUGAAGACGAGAUCAGACUCUCAUCCCGAACGUAGGAGGGACUGAUGGCCACCGAAAAUAAACCCGCCAGAGACGAAGAAGAACAUGGAGGGCGGCGGGAGGUUGUUACUUACCGCUCCUUGUAUUGAAGUUCAACUCUACAAUGUCUAGGAGACGUCGGCACUGCCGUGAACAUGUACCACUGAUCUGGUACAUGUACCACUGAUCUGGUUCAUGUACCACUGACCUGAUACUAGUACGAGUGCAACUAUUCAAGUCAUACUUUCAACACCAAAAUUUUACAACCCACUUGUAGUGUUAGAUAUAUUGAACUUGUACCAUUAGCAAAAUUGAAACUCAUCCUAAAUGUUGCCAUUGCAGUGUUCGAUAGACUUUGGAGUGGUACCAUUGAAAUGGUACAUGUAUCACUGAACUGAUAUACUAGUGAACUAAUACAUGUACCACUGAACUGAUAUAUGUACAACCAAUAUGAUACGUAAACAAACAAGCAACUUCCCAUUGGAGUGGUACGUGUACCAGUGGAGUGGUACGUGGUACGUGUACCAGUGGAGUGGUACGUGUACCAGUGGAAUGAUACUGUUUAGGCUUAAAAAAAUUGAGCCUACUUAAAAAAAUACGUGUACCAGUGGAGUGAUACGUGUACUAGUGGAGUGAUACUGUUUAGGCUUAAAAAAGGAAACGCACCAAUAGAGUGGUACGUGUACCAGUGGAGUGGUACGUGUACCAGUGGAGUGAUACUGUUUAGGCUUGAAAAAAUUGUGAAGACUUUA